AUGCAGGGGCUCUUCAUAGAAUAUCAAAAGAUCAAAAAUUCCAAGUCCAAACCAAACGACAACGACAAAGAUGAUAACUACAACAAAGACGACGAUGACGACGAGGUGAAAUCCAUGUCUUCCUCCACAACUGAAGACGACGAGUCGUUCUCGUUGUGUAGUACUUUGGAACAACCGACGUGGCCAUCGACGAGGCCACAACUGAAUAAACGAGUAUAG